AUGCGAGUCGAAGUGAAGAUCCCCGGAAGCCUCGAAAGCUACUGCAUCGACGAACGUGGAGACAAGCGUGUUGCGACCGAAGCCUUAUGGCUGGAGACUUUUCUUUGCGGAGUGUUGCGAGCGUACUCGUAUGCAGACGACGGCAGCGGAGAUGCUAUCAGGAAGAUCGUUGGGGUUCGUCGAUUUAACCCUGUCACAAACACCGAAAUGGAGCAUAGGUUCCUAGAUGCUGCCGAGAAGUUGUUCUUCCUGGGAAGACAGCUCAGCUCCGAUCCCGAAACCCAGGUUCCAAACACAGUGAGCAAUCAUCUCACGGCCGGCCUCCUCAAGUACAUACAGACUACGGGUCGAUAUGCUUCCGGUAUCAAUUUAUUCGAGAAACUGCGUACAAGAGACGUCGAAGUCUCGUCCCUGCUCGCUCAGGUGUUCAAGAUGGCAGACGAAGAAGUUCAAGCAGUGCGACUUAUGUACGAUGCCCUGCAAGAUGUUCCCAUGGACUAUGCGCUUCUCGACUGCCAGUCUGCCUUUUGCGCCAGCAAAGGUGAAGGCGAGAUGGCCCUAGAGUGUGCGAAGCGUGCCGUGACCGCUGCUCCCAGCGAAUUCAGCACAUGGGCUCGACUGGGUGAGGUUUACGUGAGCUUAGAGCAAUGGGACUUGGCCCUUCUGACGCUGAACUCCUGCCCAAUGUUCACAUACCAGGACAAAGACACGCCGCGCAUGCCCCAGCCUUCUCGGAUCAUGCUUCCCAUCCUAGCGGAGAGUAUGUUAGACGAGAUCGAUGAGGGCCAGCCAAAGCAAGGAGACCCACACGACUAUGUACAUCCCAAUCUGCGAAGGUUGCAUGCGGCUACGUACCAGGGGACUUUUCUGAAAGCAUACAACUUGUUGACGAAAAUUGCCGCUGCCAUCGGCUGGGACCAACUGCUUAGGGUCCGUAGCGAGGUCUUUGUUAUGGAAGAGGAAUAUCGCACCGAACGCCAACACUCCACAAAACCAUCAAUGCACUCGCUUGACGGAAGCCCCGCAGAACCGGCGGAGACAAAUGGUGACAGCGAGCAGGGAAAUGGAGAGAAUGGUGGUCCAGUCGACACUGUUACGGAAAUUGUCAACGGCGAUGACCAGCCACAAGGCGAGAGUUCCAUUGAACGGCCAGAGCAAACAGUGGCAUCAGAGGUUGCCAAGUCUGGCAACGAAAACCCUGACCCAUCGCACUCAUCAUAUACACAAUUCAAGAAUAAGCGCCUAUGUGAGAGAUGGUUAGAUAAUCUUUUCAUGGUAUUAUACGAGGACCUCCGCAUAUAUACCAUCUGGCGUACGGAGAUAGCUCAAUACCGGCAACAGGCGAUGGAAUACAAGAAAUCUGCCACCGAGUGGGAGAUCCUCGGUGAGCUGGCAGAGCGGCUACACCACUUUGACGAGGCCAUUGAAGCCUAUCAAGCCUGCCUUGCUAUUCGGUUCUCGCCGAAAGCGAUGCGUGGCGUCCUCAAACUGCAUGAGCAACGAAAUGACACACGGGGGAUGCUCAGUGCUCUGAUCCGCCUCAUCGCCUGGCAGUACCGAUGGUACUCCGAGUUCUCCCCGGAGCUCCUGUUCAUGAUCCGCAAACUAAUCGAGGACGAGGGCGCUGUCAAGGUCCGCAGCAUCGUUCAGGCUACGAACCUGCCCCAGCAUGUACUCGACCUCACUCAUCAAUACUGUCAACUGUGCGCAACGUUCCGCAGCAGCGGCAGUGAUGGCUAG